AAGCGUGAUUUAGUAGACAAAAUGUUGGUCAGAGUGUUCCAUUCAUUAAAGAAGUCUGGUUUGAUUAAUGAUAUUAUUAGAAUGUCUUUGACAGAUGAUGAAGUGAGAGAAUCGGUAGCUUCUAUCACAAUAGAGUUGCUUAGAGCUGAUGUAAUUUCUUGGGAAGAAGUCUUUGUUGCUCUUAAGGAUUCUGGUUUGGCUAUUGAUGUUGUUCGCUUUUCAUUAACCGAUGAGGAGACUAGAAAUGGAUUGGGUGAAUUGGUUAAGGAAAUCCUACCAGAUUUAUUAGAAUCCGGCGCUAUUGAUCCUAAGGAUUUGGUUAGUGGUCCAUCUGAUAAACACGGAAACAAGAAUCACGGUAAGUUCAAAGACCGUGAUGAUGACUUCGACAACCACAAGAAAGGCCAUAAAAGAGAUGAUAAUCUUCCAAUCGAAGGUGCUGUUCCAAUUAGCCACCCAAUUGCAGAUUAA